UUUCUGUGGUUCAGUUGUUGUUGUUUCCAACGGACACUUUAACAGCUGUACCGACCGGAAAUGUGCGCGCGUCCGCGACUCCGCGUCACAGGAGAGGUUGUGAUUAGGUACUGGCAUCAACGAUUCAUCGGUGGUGAAUCUGCCCCGUGGAGUGAGCCGGCAUGGCCUCUGCCCCAGCACAGCAGCCCUCGCUCACUGUGGAGCAGGCAAGAGUUGUUCUCAGUGAGGUGAUCCAGGCUUUCUCCAUGCCCGAGAACGCAGCCCGCAUGGAGGAAGCCAGAGAAAGCGCCUGCAAUGACAUGGGCAAGAUGCUGCAGCUGGUGCUUCCCGUAGCCACCCAGAUCCAACAGGAGGUCAUCAAAGCAUACGGCUUCAACAACGAGGGAGAAGGUGUUCUCAAAUUCGCGCGGCUGGUAAAGAUGUAUGAAACUCAGGACCCAGAGAUCGCAGCCAUGUCCCUGAAACUCAAGAGUCUCCUCCUGCCGCCCCUCUCCACUCCUCCCAUCGGCAGUGGCAUCCCGACCUCGUAGAACAAGCCCCAACUCCCAGUUCAGAAAACGUUUCAACUCUAAAACUUUGUAUAGUGCAAACACAUUCAGGGUUUCCAAAAUUCAAGUCUGUUUUUUGACACUUCUUCCAAGGGUCAUUUAAACGGAGCGAAAAUAUUUGAAUAAAAAGUGAACGAUUAUUAGUGAACUUCUACAUUCCUGUUUUCUUUCAGUCAAAUGAUUAGUAUUCAAAGCAUUUGUUUUUUUUCUCUCACACAUUUUUAUAUUAAUUUUGCCAAUGUUGAAUGUGCAUAUUUAUCAAGCAUAACUCUAAUUUGUUAAGGCCUUUUGAAGGUUUGUUUGUUUUUAAACUUUUUUUUUUAUACGGUUUGCAUUACGGUAAUAACUUACUCAUUUGCCCAUAUUAUAGACAUAUAGAUCAUAUUUAUACAUGAUAACCUGUGACACAUCUUAUGAUCAUUGCUGUUUGCAAAACUUAUCAUUGUCAUAUCCAAUAAAGUCUUUUUUUUACUCAA